AUGCGGUUCACCAGUGCCUGCUUCGUGUGCGGCUUGGCCGUACUACUAUCAGACUUUGUACGAGCGGUGCAGCAAUUCGAAACAGAACCGGUCGACGUCGAGGUAAAUCCACUCCAGGCAGUCAAACUCGGCUGCCGCAUUCGGAACCGUAAAGGUGAAUGCGUGUGGUUGAAGAAUCGUCGAGUUGUCGGUAAAAUACCGGGCAAGUACCACUUUUCUCGCGAACCAGGAGAUGGAGACUGCUCCAUCACGAUAUCGAACACGAAACUGGAAGAAGAUGACGGCGAUUGGCAAUGCCAAGUGACCAUGGCCUCGCUGGAAGAUUUGGGCCUGGAGUCUCGAGAGGCAUCGCUCAGAGUCCGAGAGGCUCCGCUGCCACCUCGCAUCGAAGACGACAAUCAGCACGGUGACAGGAUCUCGGCCAGAGCGGGAGAGUCACGGAAGAUAAACUGUAUCUCUCGCAUGGGAAACCCUCCCGCCUACAUCAGGUGGUUCCUGGGUAACGAGGAGAUCACCCACAGCUCCACGCAGACGAAUGCCACGGACGUGUCCAAGCCGAAAACGUUCGUGGCCAGUUCGCUCCUGCACUACACAUUCGAGAAGGCCGACCACGGAAGAACGUUAUCCUGCCGAGCGUAUCACGGAGCAUACGGAGCUGCUUCUCCCACGAGUCAAAUCCCCAUAGAGAGCGGUUAUUACAACGAUGUUCGUCACCAUCCUACGGCUGUAUCUUCAUACAAGGAAGUGACUGUUACCUUAGAUGUCAUGUAUAAACCAACUGUUCGCUUGGAAGGUAACCCUCACCAGGACAUUGAAGAGGGUGGAAAUCUCACGGUACGCUGUGUAGCUGACGCGAAUCCGCCCGCCAACAUUGUUUGGAGAAAGUCCGGACAUGCGAGCAUUUUCGGCAUCAAAGAAGAGAUCACUUUCACCGGAAUUAAAAGGUCGAAUUCUGGAGUUUAUUCGUGUUCGGCGAGGAACGACGUUGGAGACUCGCCGGAAACACAGAUAGUCGUUGAUGUGAAAUAUAAGCCGAAGAUAGUGAGGAUCGAACCGCCGCCUCCGCUUACCUUCGAUAUGAGGGAACAGAUUAGACUUACCUGCGUCACCGAAGGAAAUCCGACACCGAAAAUCAGCUGGCUGCAGCAGAACGGCAACGGCGACCAGAAAGUUUGGAACAUGCGAGGUCGCGAAUCCACGCUGGUCGUCAACAAUGCUACCUACGAAUACCAGGGAGUCUAUAUCUGUGAAGCGGCUAAUGAGAUCAAAGGGAAACUCUACCGCGUGCAGUCUCAGGAAGCGCGUGUUGACAUCAAAGGACCUCCGAUGAUCACCGCAGACCCCGUAUCGAACCGCGACCGAAUCGUCGUGAGAAGCGACGAUGACGCCCUAAUAACCGUAGCUUUCUGUGCGGAUCCCCGUCCGCACGAAGUCAUCUGGACUUGGGGCAGUCAGUCGCUUCUAGCAGGAAAGACUCUCUUCCGUUACGUGGCCGACCCUCUAGAUAAGGAACCAGGCCGAGACGAUUGUUACAAAGCCAAUCUCACCAUUCGCAGCGUCCAGAAAGGAGACGCGCGACGUUUCUCAGUGAACAUCACUAACUCCCAUGGAUCCGUCGAGUACUCGACUCUGCUCGACGUGCGCGAGCCCGUCUCGAUGAGUCUCGUGUUCGCGAUGACCACUGGGGGAGUUGCAUUCCUACUCGUGUCAAUUACGGUGUUCGUUUACCUGGUUCGUUCAGAGAAGUUGUGCUUCACCCGGAAGUACAGUGCCAGCGGAAUGUUCAAGAACGAUCCCAACAGCGAUUCGGGAUCUUCCUCGUCUGGAGAACAUCCACAACCGACUCACAAUACGUCUCGAGACAAAUUGACGCCUAAAUCUAAGAAAAAUCAGCCUAACGGAAAACCACCGGCUGGUAACGCUGCGAUCCCUCCUGACGCCCUCUACGCCGGCGGUGGCAACGGCGGGCGAAGCGGCCAAAACAACACAGUGGUGACCGGGCAGGCUUCGUACGACGUGAACGCCAUCAAAGUUCCCGUGCUCCCAAAGCCUGACGUAACUUUGUCGUCAUCGCGACCUCCCCUGCCCUCGUCGCAACCGCCUCACCAGCAAGUACAGCCGUCGCCGCUGGUCUAUGCGUCUCUCGACCUGCCCCAGGGACCCAAUGGGAGGCUCCGACCCGAUCGAACGGAGUACGCUCAGGUACAAUUCCACGGUCAGCGACCACCUCCACCCAACGUGACCACAGUGAGCGUCCAGCAAUUUUGA